ACUUUAGAUUUUGAACGAAAACAAUGAGCAGAUGAUGCAAACAUUUGUAGAAACAAAGAGAUGAUAUGAUGUUGAACCUUAUCCAUUCCAAGUCAACAAGGAGGCAAUUCAUUCAAAGAGAGUAGAAGCAUUAUUAUAUCAAAUGACAUACCAUUCCAUUUACAUACAACAGUGUAGAUUGCUAUAAAAACAGCCCUGUCUUUGUUCAAAAUUUAUUACACAAAACACAAUGCCUUCUUUUUCUAUCACACACUCAUUGCUCUCUCUUUGCUUCAUCUUCUCCUCCAUUGCUCAUGCUUCUCUUCCUCCCUCUGCAACUUUCAAGUACGUCAAUGAAGGGGAAUUUGGUGAAUAUAUUGUAGAGUAUGAUGCAAAUUACCGUAUCCUGACACCCUUUGCUCAGCCUUUCCAACUCGCCUUCUACAACACCACCCCUAAUGCCUACACCCUUGCACUGCGUAUGGGCACUGUUAGAUCUGAAUCACUGAUGCGUUGGGUCUGGGAAGCCAACCGCGGCAACCCCGUCCGUGAAAAUGCCACCCUCACCUUCGGAACUAAUGGGAACCUCGUCUUGGCUGACGCGGAUGGCCGCAUUGCAUGGCAAACCAACACUGCUAAUAAAGGUGUCGUGGGGUUCAAGUUACUGUCAAAUGGUAACAUGGUUCUUCAUGACGCAAAGGGUAAGUUCAUUUGGCAAAGCUUUGAUCAUCCAACUGAUACCCUUUUAGUAGGUCAGUCUCUUAAGCUUGGGGGAGCGACAAAGCUCGUGAGUCGGGUGAGUCAGAAUAAAAAUGCAAACGGCGGUUAUAGUUUGGUGAUGGAAGACAAGACUCUUGCUAUGUAUUAUCAGAGUCCGAAUUCUCCAAAACCAUUGCUUUAUUUUUCAUUUUCUGAUCUGUUUUCCGUAACGAAUGGUGGCUUGGACCAUGUAACGUUCGAGUCAGGCUUAACAUUAUCAUUUGGAGGCGGCGGCGGUCUUACUUUAAGACGGCCAAAGUACAACACUACGCUAUCUUAUCUUCGGUUGGAAAUAGACGGGAACUUGAGAUUCCACACUUACGAAGACAAUGCAGAUUACAGUGCUUGGCAAGUGACUUACACUCUUUUUUCGAGGGAUUCAUGGGAAACCGAAUGCCAGUUACCCCAAAAGUGUGGAAGCUUUGGUCUGUGCGAGAGUGACCAAUGUGUAGCCUGUCCGUCGCCGAAAGGGCUGUUGGGUUGGAGUAAGAAUUGCCAGGCAACAAAGAUAUCUUCGUGCGGAGUGAAUAAUUUCCGUUACUAUAAACUUGAAGGUGUUGAUCAUUUCAGCUCCAAGUACAGUGUUGGAGAAGGAGUGAUGAAGCAAGAUAGUUGUAGCAACAAAUGUACAAAAGAUUGCAAGUGUUUGGGGUAUUUCUACAACACUCAGUCAUCCAGGUGUUGGAUUGCUUAUGAUCUCAACACUUUGACAAAAGUUGCCAAUUCUACUCAUUUGGCUUACAUCAAGGCACCAAAAUGAGUAGAUGAUCAUUAUAUUUGGGUGUUUUUGUUUGGCUUUUCAUUGUAUUUUCUUCUUCUUUUAGCCUUCACCAGGUUAUGUUUUGUUUUUCAAUUAAUCAAUAAUAAAUUUACUUUUCCAAA